GGCGCGGAGGGCAAAGCGAGGAUGAAGCAGAUCGGCUCCCCCGCAGCCAGCCUGGCGCUGGCAGCCCUGGAGGGCCUCAUGGAGUGCGACAUUGGCGGCGGCAUCAAGAACGAGAUACGGACCUACCUGCACAAGUGCCCCCCCGAGGACGCGGAGGCGGAGCCCGACAUCGACAAAUCGGACCUGGAGGUCGCCGUCAGCUUCAUUCGCCUGGAGAGCUGCUACGACACGCAGAAGAUGAAGGUCAUCGUGGGCGCCCCCAGCUGGGAGGGGCGCGCUCUCAUCCAGAGGGCGCUGAAGGCAGAGGCAGUCGCGACUCACCAUAAGGGGGUAGCCCCUGCAGGCUGGCUCGAGGACGAGGUGGGCCAUUGGCUGGAGACGAUCAGCGACAACCUCUAG